AUGGCAAGCCGGGCUCGAGAGCAGUGGGUGGAUGUUCUGGAGGAGCAGCCGUCUCGGAGCGAUCGGGCAGAGGUGCACUCAAUUAACCUGGAGAAUUUUGAUGAGCCGCGGCACCAACAUGCCGAGUUUGUGCUCAACUCACCACGAUCCGUGCGAGCCUGCUUCAAUGUGGGUGUCACGCCACGAGAACUCUUACCUCGCAACGUCACCGAUUUUCAACGGGACGGCAUGACCUUGGCCAAAGCCUACACUGCCUGGCUGGCCCAUGACCGCCGGCGCCAGGACCUCCUCAGCCUGGCGCGUCGCGAACGGAAGAAGCUCGUGCGCGAGACAACUCGCGUCGGGCCCCUGCCUGCCUCAGGAAAACUGCGACACAUCCCCGUCAGUCCCGCUUAUCGCCGCCAGGAUCAAGUGGCGCGGUGCCAAGCCCAGCGAGAGCUCAAUGACGCAGAACAUCGUCGCCGCGUGCUCGUCAAUGCCGUUGAGCGGGAGCAGCGGCGGCGUCGCGUGGAUUUGCGCCGUGCGCUGAAUGAGAAGCUGCACCGCCUCAACUUGGAUGUGGCAGCACGUAGUGGAGCCAUGCCGACUCAUCGCCACGAACGACGCGUCACCCGUCAAGCCCAUGCAGCAGCCGUAGCCACCCGAGAGCAUGAUGUUUGGCUCGAACAGCUCAUGGCUGAGGUCGAUCUGUCUCACAUUUGA